GAGCCACUGCCAAGCAGGGACGAAGACGCUUUCAGAGGAAUCGCUGUAAACAGACACAGUCAUGCCUGAGCCCCAGAACCCAGCAGCCGAGGGUGUUAAGGAUGCAGCAGCCCCUGCUGAUAACAAGGGUAAGAAACCGGCGUUCAGUGUUGGUUAGUCUCUGUGUCACGCAGACUGUCUGUAGAUCAUCCUCAUCCUCAUCUUUCUCAUCCUUUUCAUCAUCGCUGUCAGCUUCAUCACCUUCAUCCUCAUCAUCAAAAUAAUGUCUUUCCUUCCACUGAUUCAGAGAUGUCAGGAGAGGAGGAGGGUAAGGUUUAAAGAUGAACCCGAACAAACACAGAAGCAGUGAACUUCUGUGGUGAUGGGGUUGAGUGUGGAGAUGCAUGAUCACACACUUACACACAUGCACUUGAGCAGUUCAGAAUUCCUCGGUAAUCACUUGUUAAAAUCUCGAGCAGUGAAGAAGGUGAAGAAGGUGUUUAAUUCACGGGUAAGUGUCACACCGUGUAUACACGAGCCCGUCUAUAUGAUAUUUUUGGCUUUAUUUAAAUCUGUGAUUACAUGCAAUGGAUACAGAUGAAUAUUUGCCUUUUAGCUACAUUUAUAUAAUUUACUGGAGCAAUAUAGCAUUCCUAAAUUAAAUCUUAUUCGUGUAGGGAACAGCUGAGGACUUCAACCAAUUUUAAAUCAGUUAGAAAAAGAUAAGCUGGCACCUUAUCAGCACAAUAUUUAUCCUGAUAUUAGUUUAUUUAUUUAAUUAAAAAGUAGGUUUUGUGUCUGAUUUUUUGUUUGCAGCUUCUACAUGUGUAUCUAUGUUUAGCUGAUAUACAAAAAAGUGUUUGUGAUUAGACAAAAUCCAACAUGGAAGACAAAUCGCCCCUUUUGGUUUUUCCAGAGGGGACAUAUCCAGAGAGGAAAACAUUAAAUUUAGUAUUAAUUGCUGCAGGUAAAUUGUAAUACAAUUAAAGGCAUUGAAAUUAAAAUCUCUAGGUUGCCAUGGCUACAAAAAUUCUUGCCUAUUUCCUCAUGUUUUAAAUAGCAUCAGUACUACUACUGUACUACCAAUGCCGAUAAUAAAGAUAUGAAUAAUUUAGGAAGUAAAUGUGUUCGGCAGAGCCACUGCGGAAGUCUGAACUGAUGCUAUCUGUGCUGCUAAAUAAAACUAUGGCAGUGAGUAGGACUAAACAAUUUACACUGGUGUCAUGAAAAUAGAAAUGAUUUUAAUCAACUUCCACAUUAACAUCAGUUGUUAAUCCAAAUGUCAGAUAACCUGUUGAGGUUUUACUGUUUUCGUGAAGAUAAAGGUUCACUAAAAUAACCACUAUAAAAUAGACAUAAUACAUGUUUUACUAAUGGUUAAGAAUGUUAGAAAACAGAAUGGAGAUUCUCAACCUGUUAACCUCCAUCUUUUAAGUGGAAGGAAGCUUUUAUAUUUACAUUUUAACAUUUUCUUGUUCAAUAUGACUUUUAACUGGAAUAUUGAACCGUAAACUGUUUAAGUGUCAGUUAACAGUUAAUUAUUACAUGUAAUAAUGAAUUAUUCUGAAAAUCGGCUAAAGCUCAUUUUCCUGUGAAUUUUCCUUUUUCGAAACUACAAACUGAAAUAGUUAAUAUUUAUUUUUAAUUCAGGAGUAGUAAACCUGGGAUAUACCCAGCACCUCUAGCGUUUUCUGAAAUGCCCGAUGAUGGGUUCAAAUCAAUAAUAUAAAUUAUUAUUACUAAUUAUUGUUGUUGUUAUUGUUCUGGUUGUGUCAUCACCCUGUAGUGUUUUCCAGCCUUCUCUAUAAUAUAAGAUGCUACUUUGUAUUUGUGAGAAAGAAAACUGAGUUUUAUUUUCUUCUUUUGCUGAUUUUUCCUCUUAUUUCCAUCAGGGACAUCUGUAAGAAACAUAAUUAUUUCUCUCUGCAAAAAAAAUGUAUGUUCAGCAAUAUAUAGCUUUGUUCUGGGACCUCCCCACCCUUCUAUGUGCAUAUGUAAUCAGCUCAAACUGAGAGUUAGAGCAAUUUCACUGGAAGUCGGGGGGCCUGGGAGGCACUUAACAUAUAGUAAACUAUAAUUAACUGUUGUUUACAUAUAUAAUAUGUUCAUAGAUUGUGGCUGGUGUGUUACCUGUAAAUAAAAGACAUAGCCACUCAUUGAUUUAUGAACUACUGUUAUGAAACCUCAAGCCUCAAUCAAAAGUGAUGAGAGAUGUGUGUGACUGAAAAACAAGGCUUUAUCUGCCUUUUUGAUAGAAUUAAAUAUAAUGUACAAAACAGGCACUGUGUUGUAUUCACGAAGAUGUGAAAGCAGCUUUAAGACCGUAAAGUUAUCAGGAAAGGGUUUACUGAAGUCACAGAAUACAAAGCUCUUCUCUUUUCAGACCCAGAAAGUAUAAAAAGCAAUCUUUUAUACAGUGUAUGUUUUUGAUUCUGUUGCACGAUGGUCUUUAUUUAUGUUUAUGUGAAUUUCCUUUAAUUGCAGCUCAUAAAAAGUCUUAAAUAACAGGUUCCCAGAGAGUGAAGUACACUUUGUUGCACAUUUAUGUGAACAGUCUAUUUGUGUAAUAUGUUCACCCUUUGAGUUCACCUCUCUGGAUUGAAUGUCAGUUCUUAUUAUGGGCCAACCGUAAUAGAGGGCAUGAGCAAGAAAGUUGGACACGUGGUUCUCUGCCCGUGUAUGUGUGAGUGUGUGCAGUCAAGAUGAAUUAUUACAUAAACCUUCUGCAGCUCACCGGGAGUGAUUAAAUGUGUGUGCGCGCAGGUGCAAUGAUGAGGUAGAGCAGCGAUUUCUACUUAUACUCCAGCUCAUUUAUGCUUAGUCACAGUCUUUGAAGGGGUACAUUGGCCAAUAUACAGUUAGAACCCAAAUCAGACAAUUCCAAGCAAACAUGAUUGAAAAAGCCAAAGCAACACUCAAAGCAAAUGGCUGGCACAGCUUUAGUCUGUUCUUAACUCCAUGACCUUUUGCUUAAUAUGCCAUAUGCCAGUGAACUUAGCUAAUUUGUUUCUCAAAUCCUUUCUGUUGUGCCCACCAUGUUAGCGUUGGCUGCAGUUGGCAGAGCUAAAACGUUGGCUGUGAUUUGAGAGUCCCGCUUUGGGGGAGAACAUAAACAGUGAGGGAGGCGUGAUGUUUUGCAAUCUAAAGGGAAACUCUACUGAUCUGAUCUCGCUCCAGGUGUAGGACCGUAUGAAUUUAUAUGUGAAAAAACAAAACAAAUCUGAUAAGCCUCUGUUGUUUUUUUUUUUUUUCGCUAUUCUAAAAAACAUAAAACACAAAAGUGCUGCAGAAAGUUCACCAGACCUUGUGACUGUAAGCUUGAUGUUAUUUCUGUGAUUUUAACAACAUAUGCAUAGUGCAUGUUAACAACUUCACCCUUACAUGUCAUGUAUGGAGAUAUUUUGCAUUUCUAGGGGAAUUAGACACCACAACUAAACUGGGAAACACAAUUUUUACCAAUCUGUGAUUACAAUGGACAACAUGAUCAUAGCAUCUAAAGUGUCUAAGAUGCACAACGACAAACUAACACCCAGACCGACAUCCAGUCCAGAGUACAAUAGCAAAACAGAAUCGAGAAGUCCUUCAGACAAUCUAAGGUUACCAAAUUCAGAAAUACAGCUGGCACCAACAGCUUGUAUUUGUUUGUGAGAACUCACGUUUUCCCCCCCAUUAUUUUAGCAUGGCAGAGAAGUUUAAAUAUGGCAGUACCCAUCAUCCAAUGAGAAGACGCCAGUCAGUCUGUUGAGGUAUUGCAAAUUUAAAUCAUAUUUUCUACUACUACAGGAAUAAUUGCCUUUCCUUCUCGGCCCAGGGCAUCUGAAACGGCACCCCCAACUUUUCAACUCAAUUUUGUGUCCAGCCUGACUUGGGUCUCACAGAUCCACCAUAACAGAAACUUCCUAAUUUAUCUAUCAAAAACCUCUGAGCCAUCCUUGGAUUGCUGCCUUUUGUUUGUUUUUAACUUAUAUCUGUAAUCUGGCACACUGUUUACAUCUGGAAGUCUCAGUCGACAUCUGUACAACAUCUGGAUCUUGCCACCAACAACCUACAUGCCUCAUGGCCUGCAACAUCACAGCUUGAGUCAGUGCAGGGAUUAUUAUGUUUUGGGGCCUGAUAAUUAAAAUUUUCAGAUUGUUUCCUUUUACACUAUUAUGUCACUUUCUGUGGCAGAAAUGCAGCCGGCUGUAGACGGUAAGCACUGUCCUGCAGCUAAAUAGCGUUAUAGGUGUGCUGACAUAUGUGUGCGCUCAUUUUGUCCUUACUCAUCUGUAAAAUUAAACACAUUGAUUUAUCUCUACAAUUAUCACUGUAACUCACAGAGGCACGGGCAGUUUAUGACGCCAAGCACUUUUCUGUCAUACUGUGUUUAUUUACAGCAUGCAUUUGCAUGGAAAGCUUACAGUACAUUAUAUCUGCAUUACCACUUAUUUAGUCCUGUUUAUUUACAAAACCUGUGCUUAUUCUUCAUUAACAGAUUUAGGUAAGUGCUUUGCUUUGUUGUUAUAUCUGUGUGUUUGUGUGUUUGUCUGAAGAUACUGUGGUUGUCUGAGUGAAUAGGCUUAUGAAUUGUCUUUAAUCCGAUCUUUGUUGAAGCAUUUUCAUUCUUUAUACACAGACACACACACACACACACACACACGCUCAGACAGCCCUCUGCAGUCUGAUGAGACCUGUGCUGUUCUGUGAAGACUAAUUUCCAUGUACCAACUGUUUCUUUUCAUUUAGCCAACAAUGAGCCUAGGGAUGAGUUGCCUCCUGAUGAUCAUCUUCCAGGGGAGGGUCCUCAGCUGUCUGAGCCGACCGGCCUGUUUGUGCUGAAGCCAGAGAGUGUUACAGCAACAAAAGGCAAGGACAUCACGUUUGUGGCUAAAGUGGACUCCUCAAACCUGAUAAAGAAACCGGUGAUGAAAUGGCUGAAGGGGAAGUGGCUUGACCUGGGUAGCAAAGCUGGAAAGCAUCUUCAGUUUAAAGAGUCCUAUGACAGAAACACCAAGAUCUACACUUACGAGAUGAGCAUCAUCAAAGUAGUGGAUGGAGACGCAGGUGGCUACCGCUGCGAGGUCACCUCCAAAGACAAGUGCGACAGCUGCACAUUCGAAGUCUCUGUGCAGGCUGCACAAGAGGACCAGCAGGACAACAUCUUGGAGGCAUUUAAGCGAUCUGGAGAUGCAGAUGAGGAUGCUGGAGAGCUAGACUUCAGUGCACUGCUCAAGAAAAGGCAGAAGAAGGAGAGGAAGGAGGAACCAGAAGUGGAUGUAUGGGAAAUCCUAAAGAAAGCUAAGCCCUGCGACUAUGAGAAGAUUGCCUUUCAAUACGGCAUCACAGACCUGAGGGGUAUGCUGACGAGGCUGAAGAAGAUGAAGGCUGAGUCCAAAAAGAGUGAUGCUUUCCUGAAGAAGCUGGAUCCAGCAUACACAGUGGACAAGGGCGAGAAGAUCCAUCUCACAGUGGAAGUGGCUGACCCCAACGUUCCAGUCAAAUGGUUCAAAAAUGGACAGGAAAUCAAACCAUCAGCUAAGUAUGUGUUUGAGAGCGUGGGCAACAAGCGGACACUCACUAUCAAUAAGUGCAACCUGUCGGAUGACGCAGCAUACGAGUGCGUGGUCGGGGAGGAGAAGUGCUUCACGGAGCUUUUUGUCAAAGAACCUCCAGUCACCAUCACCAAGCUGCUGGAUGAUGUUCAUACAGUGGUGGGUGAGAGGGUGGAGUUUGAAGUGGAAGUGUCUGAGGAAGGCGCUAACGUCAUAUGGAUGAAAGAUGGAGUGGAGUUGAAUAGAGACACUGCAGGUUCAAAGUACAGGUUAAAGAAAGAUGGGAAGAGACAUAUUUUGAUCAUAAAUGAAGCCACUAAAGAGGAUAUUGGAACGUAUUACGUCUAUACCAACGGUGGGGAGUCAAAGGCAGAGCUGGAGGUUGAAGAUAAGGAGCUGGAGGUUCUACAGAGCAUAGCCGAUCUGACAGUGAAGGCAUCUGAGCAAGCUGUAUUCAAGUGUGAGGUGUCUGAUGAAAACGUGACCGGAAAAUGGUUCAAGGAUGGUGUCGAAGUCGAGGCCAGCGAUCGCAUCAAAAUUUCACACAUUGGAAGGAUCCACAAGCUGACGAUCAAUGAUGUGAAGGCUUCAGACGCUGGAGAUUAUACCUUCGUCCCUGAUGGCUACGCACUUUCUCUCUCAGCAAAACUGAACUUCCUGGAGAUAAAAAUUGAAUAUGUUCCACGACAAGAUCCUCCCAAGAUCUUCCUGGACACCGGUAGCUCCGGCGGCAAGAACAACAUUACGGUGGUGGCUGGAAACAAACUUCGCCUGGACGUUCAGUUCACAGGAGAACCGGCCCCCACUGUGUGCUGGAUGAAAGGAGACCAAGUGUUGUCCGAGGCUGAGGGACGGGUCCACGUGGAGUCAGAGCAGAACGUGUGCAGCUUUGUAAUAGAGGGGGCGGAGAAAGCGGACGAGGGCCAAUACUCCAUCACGGUGACUAACCCUGUCGGCGAGGACAAGGCGGAUCUCUUUGUUAGAGUUGUGGAUGUGCCAAACUCUCCUGAGAACGUCAAGUGCGCAUCAGUUGGCGAGGACUCUGCCAUCAUCACAUGGGACCCUCCCGCCUUUGACGGUGGAGUUGCCGUUAAAGGGUACCUGAUGGAGAGGAAGAAGAUAGGCUCGCCCAGAUGGACGAAGCUCAACUUUGAUGUUUACGAGUCCACCACAUACGAGGCUAAGAAGAUGAUUGAAGGUGUACUCUACGAGAUGAGGGUGUUUGCAGUCAACGACAUUGGCAUCUCUCAGCCCAGUGCAAGCUCAAAGCCCUUCAUGCCCAUUGCCCCCACCAGUGAGCCCACUCGUCUCACAGUAGAUGAUGUGACAGAUUCUACCUGUGCACUCAAGUGGCGUCCUCCAGAGAAAAUCGGAGCAGGUGGCAUCGAUGGCUACAUCAUUGAAUACUGCAAAGAAGGAAGUGACCAGUGGGUGCGGGUUAAUGAGGAACCAGUGGGAAAUAUCCAUUACAGGGUGAAGGGACUCCCAGUGGGGGAGAAAAUGCUAUUCAGAGUGAUCGCAGUCAACAUUGCCGGCCACAGUCCUCCUGCCGUUCUCUCCCAAGCCGUCACUAUCCGAGAGAUCGUGGAAAAUCCAAAGAUACGCCUGCCUCGGCGUCUGAGAACCAAAUUCAUCACACAGGUGGGCGAGAAGGUGAACUUGGUCAUCCCCUUCCAGGGAAAGCCUCGUCCUGUUGUGACCUGGUAUAAAGAUGGUGUUCCCAUGGAGGACCGCACAGUGGGAACUCGUACCAGUGAAGUUGACACCAUCCUCUUUAUUCGCUCUGCUGAGAGGGUCCACUCUGGAAAGUACACACUGUCUGUUCAGAUUGAAAACAUGUCAGACAGCGCUGACAUACACAUCCAGGUUGUAGAAAAGCCUGGUCCUCCCAUCGCCGUGCAUGUCACAGAUAUCUGGGGCUUCAAUGCUGCGCUGGAGUGGAAGCCGCCUAAAGAUGACGGCAACUGUGAGAUUAUUGGCUACACCAUUCAGAAAGCUGACAAGAAGACUAAGGAGUGGUUCACGGUCUAUGAGCACAACCGCAGGCCCAGCUGCACUGUGUCUGACCUGGUCAUGGGGAACGAGUAUUUCUUUCGAGUGCUCAGCGAAAACAUCUGUGGCCUCAGCGAUGAGCCUGGCAUCAGCAAGAACACCGCUGUCAUUACCAAAACAGGUUUGCUCUACAACACUUCACCCUACAAAGAGAUAGACGUGAGCAGCUGUCCUAAAUUCACAGCUCCCCUGGUGGACAGAAGUGUCAUUGCAGGAUACAGUGCCGCCAUCUCCUGUGCCGUUCGUGGCAACCCCAAGCCAAAGAUCAUUUGGAUGAAGAACAGAAUGAUCAUCGGUGAAGACCCCAAGUUUCUGAUGCAAAACAACCAGGGAGUGUUGACUCUGAAUAUCCGCAAGCCAAGCCUGUUUGAUGGGGGCAGAUACUCCUGCAGGGCCAUCAAUGACCUCGGGGAAGACGAGGUGGAGUGCACUCUGGAGGUUCGAGUUUUACAAGAGAAAGGGGAGGAGGCGAAGAAAUGAGCGGCACUGCGAAACAGCAGAGGAUACAGUUGAACAGGAAUAGUAAUGGAUUAUGUAUAACGGGAUAGUCAUGAAUAAAUAUGAUUAAAAUAGAUCACUUGUGAGGCUCUAAAGCCACCCCGUGCACCCCCCACCCCCCUAAACGCAUAUGCUUGCCUUUCACCGCUGCUAUGAUGAAUGCCAUAUCAGUAAUAUGCCAUAAAUUCUUUCAGCACGCUGCCACCUUGUCACUCCCUGACUGAGAGAACCCACAGUGUAGAGUAGUAGAGCUGCCCUGCUGUGACCACACACACAGAUGGAUCCUUCUUAUCUGUGAAGUGGACCUGUCACUGAACACACUUAUAAAACAGCCUUUCAUCCAUUACGGCUCCCUGUGUUGUCUGUUUUG